CGUUCUCUCCCUUCCCGGGCAGGGCCGGCGGAGGAUGCCCCGGGUCCUGCAGCGUGCGGACGGCAGGUGGGCCUGGGUGGUGCUGCUGGCCUCCCUCGUGGCGCAGGGUCUCACCGCGUCCUUCCCCACGUGCAUCGGCGUCUUCUUCACCGAGCUGCAGCGCGACUUCCAGGCCAGCAACAGCGAGACCUCCUGGUUCCCCUCGAUCCUGGGGGCCAUGCUCAACGCGGGGGGGCCCCUGUGCAGCAUCCUGGUGGGACGCUUCGGCUGCCGCGUGACGAUGAUGUUGGGGGGCCUGCUGUCCAGCCUGGGCAUGGUGGCCGGCUCCUUCUCGAGGACCCUCACCCAGCUCUACCUCACAGCUGGAUUCGUCACAGGCCUGGGCAUGAGCUUCUGCUUCCAGUCGAGCAUCACGGUGCUGGGCUUGUACUUUGUGCGCCGGCGGCCACUGGCCAACGCGCUGGCCUCCAUCGGCAUCUCCGUGGGCACCACCACGUGGCCACUGCUAGCCCGCUACCUCCUGGAGGGGCUGGGGUGGAGGGGCGCCUUCCUCGUCUUCGGCGGGGUCUUCCUCCACUCCUGCGUCUGCGGGGCCAUGGUGAGGCCUGUGGCCACCAGUGAGGCCCUUGAGCCCAGAGACCCGCCCCCAGUCCCCAAGCCUGGGGCCCGCGGUUGCCUGGCAACCUGCGGCUCCGCCCUGCAGCACCACCUGGCCUGUGACGUCCUGUGGCACAACGGGGGCUACUGCGUGUACACCGUGGGCGUGAUGGUGAUGAUGCUGGGCUUCUCACUGCCACACAUCUUCCUGGUGCCGUACGCCACGCGGCACGGCAUGGAGGACUACCGGGCCGCCAUGCUCAUCUCCAUCGUGGGCUUCUGCAACAUCUUCCUGCGGCCCCUCGGAGGGCUACUGGUGGGCCGGGAGAGCCUGGCUGACUACCGGAAGUACUUGUUCUGCCUGGCCAUCCUGCUCAACGGGCUCACCAACCUGGUGUGUACAGUGUCUGCUGAAUUCCGGGUGCUCGUGGGCUACUGCCUGGUGUACAGCCUGUCGAUGUGCUGUUGCGGAAUCCUUCUCUUCCAAGUCCUCAUGGACAUCGUCCCCAUGGACCGGUUCCCCAGCGCCCUGGGCCUCUUCUCCGUGCUCUGCGGGGUCACCUCUCUCAUCUCCCUCCCGCUAGCAGGGUUCGUUCUGGACAGCACUGACAACUUCAGCUAUGUCUUCUACAUGUCGUGCUUCUUCCUGGUCACCUCUGCCCUGUUCAUGGGUAGUGGCUUCUACGCUCUAGAGAAGAGGAAGAGGAAAGGCAAGCAAGAUAAUGCAAAUGGAGACACCUCAGGGAUGAUUCCAGUGCCAGGUCUCAUCCUGGAAGACAGAUCCAAGAAGCAGCCGUGUACUGAGACCAUGUAUGUGACCAGCGUGUGAGCCCGAGGCCAGCCAGCCACCUUCCUUCCAGGCAGCGUCCUGGAGCGAGCCUUCCUGGCUUCCUUCCACGGGCGCCUGCUGGGAGCAGCCACGGCCAGCUCAGCCUGCUGGCUCCACACUGCUGCUGCUACAACACAACACAUCGGAUCUUCACAUCCAACUUGUGUGCCUCUACCAUCUGCUCU